UGCAUAGAAAAAUUUGAGACUGAGAAUGGGAGAGCAAUCCAUAUGGGGGAUUACAAGUAUGGCCUUCAAUAAGAUGAAGCCCUAUUUGGCCAUGGUGUCUCUACAAUUCGGCUAUGCCGGAAUGUACAUUAUCACAAUGCUUUCCUUCAAGCGUGGGUUCAGUCACUGGAUUCUAGUCGUGUACCGCCAUGCAGUUGCCACGAUGGUUUUUGCGCCUUUUGCAUUUUUCCUCGAAAGGAAAAUAAGGCCUAAGCUAACACUAUCAGUCUUUUUGAAGAUAAUGCUGCUUGCUUUCCUGGAGCCUGUCCUGGAUCAAAACUUGUAUUAUGUUGGAAUGAAGUAUACAUCAGCAACUUUUACAGCAGCAACUGUCAACAUUCUCCCAGGCAUCACCUUCAUAAUGGCUGUUAUUUUCAGGUUGGAGAAGGUUAACUUAAAACAGAUACACAGUCUAGCAAAGGUCAUUGGAACUGGAAUAACACUCUUAGGUGCAAUGCUCAUGACAUUCUACAAAGGCCCUGUAGUUGAUAUUCUUCCCCACUCACUCGGCAGAAGCCACCAUGAAACCGCUAGCAUCGUUGGCUCAACCGAUCAACACUGGAUCACUGGCACAAUUAUGUUGCUUUCUUGUAUUGUGGGUUGGUCUGGUUUCUUUAUAGUUCAAAAUAAGACACUGAAGGAAUAUCCUGCAGAGCUCUCUCUUACAUCAUUAGUUUGUUUCAUGGGAAUGGUGGAAGGUGGAGUUGUGGCUAUAAUAAUGGAACACCAUACCAAUGCCUGGGCAAUUGGCUUUGACUCAAGACUUUUGGCUGCUGUAUAUUCUGGGAUUAUUUGCUCAGGAAUUGCAUAUUAUCUGCAAAGUGUUGUCAACAAGGCACGAGGUCCAGUGUUUGUGACUGCAUUCAGUCCUCUAAGCAUGAUAAUCACAGCUAUUUUGGGAGCCAUGGUUUUGGCUGAGCAAAUUCACAUUGGAAGCUUAAUAGGAGCAAUUAUCAUUGUAUUUGGACUCUACUCAGUUGUAUGGGGUAAGAGUAAAGAGAAUUCAAACUCGGACGAAUUAGUGUACGAGGAAAACAAAUCCCAUGAUGAAUUGCCAAUGGUGUACAAGAAAACAUCAAACAUUCUUGACAAUGCUGCAACUGAUACCAAUGUGAAACCAGAUGUACGUGAGAAGAAUUCCUUAAAUCAAGAGCCAUGAUCAUCCCGUCCCAACCUAGCCUAGCCCAUGUUGUUUUUACAUUUUGAGCCCAUGUUGUAUUUAUACCCAUAAAGGCAGAGUAAUUAUGUCAUAUAUUACUGACAUUUUAGCAUUGUCAAUUGGAAAUCAAAUGGGUUUUAGGGAUUAAAGAUCUUGGAGAAGUCAUAUAUCAAGUAUCAAUACUAAUGAAGCAAGUGAAAUUUGACAGAUAAAUGUUACAAAUCCACUGCGCAAACUACAUACCGAAACUUGUGUUGUAUCCUUGUGUGACCUUGGAUAUACAUGUCUUUAUACAUUUUACUUUAA